AUGCAUUCGAUCACGUCAAAAAUACUCACUACUGCUGUCCUCUUCGCGCGCUACGUUACUGCUAGCAGCCCUUAUUUUGACACAUCGGGAUACGACGUCCAGACGCUGGGCGUCGGAGCCGAUGGUGCUACAACAUACAUCUUUUCUCCGGAUACGAGCUCGACGUUACUGCCAGCGGGAGAAGAAUUCGGCUUCGGCGGACCUGCUACUGUUGUUAUCGGCGCAUCUACUUUGGGAAUAACAUACAUUGCCACCAUCAACAGUAUCGCCUAUAUGGAGAACUGUGGUAUCACCAAUGGCGUUGGUGUCUGUACUGACAUUUUGGAGUAUGGGACCCCGGGAGCGAUGUUCCUCACUACUACCGGCUUUUUCACCCAGACGUUUUCGACCAGCCCGGUCCAAGGCGGCGCUCCCACUGCUGUGACUACUACUUCCACCGGUGUGUCCACUGGGGUCACCACAAGUUCGGCGGCUUCGUCUUCCGCUUCUACAACCACCACCACCACCCAGAACAAGACCAGCGAUGGCGUGAAAUCCAUGUUCACCCCUUUCUCUCUGAUGUUGUGGGGGUCCAUAUUCGCUUUUCUCAUGGUCUUGUGA